UCUUCCAUCUCUAGCCUACACAAAUAUUUGUCUCACUCAACAAAGAUGAAGAACCAAAAUAACACUACUGCUUCCUUUCUUGGUUCGGUAAUUGUUUUGCUACUAGUAGUAACAUCUAUUCUUCUUCUAUUUGGUGCAACAUCAACCAAAGCUCAAGAAGUUGAGGAUGAGAGAGAAUUUGAUUACGCGGAAGGAAGCAAGAAGGGUCCAAAACGGUGGGGGAAGCUAAAGAAAGAAUGGGCAGCAUGUAGUAAUGGAGCCUUCCAAUCUCCGAUAGAUAUGUCAAACGAGAGGGUUCAUUUGAUUUCGAAACCGGAGAGGCCCAUAUACAAGCCCACCAAUGCAACCAUAAAAAACAGAGGCCACGACAUCUCACUUCAAUGGGGAGGUGAUGCAGGAUCGAUUGCCAUCAACGGCACCGUGUACCCUCUCAGACAAGCCCACUGGCACUCUCCCUCUGAGCACACCAUUCGAGGCAGAAGGUAUGACUUGGAGUUACAUAUGGUUCACCUAAGCACCGACCCGAAUUUGAAAAACAAGAUUGCCGUUAUCGGUGUCCUCUACAAGAUUGGCAAGCCAGAUAAAUUUCUGUCCAAGUUAACGAGCUACAUCUCGACUAUGAUCGAUGAGAAGGAUGAGCAGAGAAGCUUGGACGUUGUUGAUCCAAGACAAAUUAAGAUGCACAGUAAAAGGUACUACAGGUACAUGGGCUCGCUCACCGUCCCUCCAUGCACAGAAGGCGUUACUUGGACCAUCAAUAGAAAGGUGAGGACUGUUUCGAGGGACCAAGUGAAGUUGCUCCGAGAAGCUGUACACGAUUAUGCAGAAAGAAAUGCAAGGCCCAUUCAACAACAAAACGGAAGAGACAUCUAUCUUUAUGGCCCAGCAUCAUAAGAAUAAUCAAGAAC